AAAAAGCUGGAACUUCGUAAACAACAAAAAAAGAAAGUUUAUUCCGUUCUCUAAUCUUUUUUGUUAAAUCUUAUGAAACUUUCUGAGUUUUUGUAAAUUAAGCUUUUUUGGGACCUUGUCCAAUAUAUAACUGGAAUGAAUCCAAACAAUCCACAGAAUAUGAUAGGGAAUUACCCACUACAUUAUUUUCAUGUAAAUCCUGCAAGCUUAAACUGGCAGUGGAACCAAGUGGUACCUGGCCCUCCUGCAGUUAGAGGAAAUUUUGUCCAUGUCAACCCAGCCUUCUUUCAACCAAAUGUGCUUCCACCCCCAGAAUUGCCCAACCCCAAAAGAAUAAUCAUCAAUCCCAAGUUUUUUCCUCAUGUACAAGCUGAAAAGAAUAUUGGGAUGCCUUUGAACUGUCAAGAAAUGUAUCAUGCUGAAAGAGUUGUGCUUGUUCAAAACGAUGAAAUCCCAUCUGUGGAUAGACAGGCUGUUCAGCAACAAGUGAAGGCAAGUAAACAGCCAAUUUCAACCUUGAACAUCCAUAACUCUGAACAGAUUCCGCAACAAGAGCAGACAAAACCAAGUCCCAUUCGUCACCUUGCAGAUCGUCGUAAACUGACAAAGUUCAAUUUUACAAAUCAGUCAGUGAAAAACAAAUAUAAAUGGCGGAAAAUGGAGAGCCCAUUAAAAACCAUUGCCAUUAAACAUGCCUAUAAACUGGUUCGAAAAUCCGCUGCAAAGUCUCCGAAGAUAAUUAAUCGUUUUACCCAACGUGGGCAACACCACAUAUUCAAGACGCUAACUCCCCCAAAAUUAACAAGUACGCCAAUUGAAAAGCAGCCCCCAGGUAAUUCACGUUUUAAAUUGGAUAACCGGCUUGCCAAAACGAAAAAGAAGGCCAACAAGAUUGCAAGUCCUCGAACGUCAUUACCCAAGAUUCUUCAAAGCAAAUAUAGACUGGUUCGAAACAAGUGUUGGAAACCCAAUAGCCUCAUUGUGGGGAAACUUGCUUCCAACCGCUCCAACGUAAGCCGCUCCGUUAUCAAUCGGUCUCUUGCCAACCGUUUCGUUGUCAAUCGUAGUUUCACCAACUUUAAGUCCCCACUCUGCACACCAUUGGCACAUCACGGCAGCAAGCUUCAAAGGUUGGCUAUUAUUAAUAAAUCAAAUAAAAGCAUCAAGAAGACCAAAACUUCUAAAAAGAAGGCGCAGAAGCGUUAUUAUGAUGAAGAAUCAAAGGCCAAACCAGAUGAAGAAGUCCUUGAUGACGUGGAUGUUGAGAUUGUUGAAAAACCUUCGGGACCUAAAACGCGUACGCCGAUAGGUGUGUUACCUUCCUUUAUUACUUUGUAGGAAAUAGGUUUGUUGCAAUAAUUUUCUUACUGUCAUGUAAAUACCUAGCUUUCUGUUGAUUCAUUUGGUUAGUUACAACUGGGUAUAUUUGUAAAGACCAAUGGUCGGUGGCCAAAUGCUCAUUGAAUAAUCUCUCAUUCGAAUAUCUGUCUUAAUUGAUGAAAUUUUUGUUUUCAGAAUGAACUGUACUUUUUUAAAGAAAACAAAUACAAAGUGAUAAUUA